AUGUAUGUCUCGACGACGUUGGCGUUGAGCGCCCUGACGAGCCUGGUCACUGCUCAAUUCCCGCCGCCACCCAAAGGCAUCAAGACGCUCCAAUCCAAGUUUCACGAGAACGUGACUAUCACAUACAAGGAGCCCAAUAUCUGCGAGACAAAUGACGGCGUCAAGUCGUACGCGGGUCACGUCCACCUGCCACCAGGCUUCCUGAAUGACAUCGACGGCGAGCCACAGGACUACCCGCUCAACACCUUCUUUUACUUCUUUGAGGCGCGCAUCGCACCCGAGGAUGCCCCCCUCGCCAUCUGGCUCAAUGGAGGCCCCGGUGCAUCGUCCAUGCUGGGCCUCUUCACCGAGAACGGGCCAUGCAGCAUCACGCGGGACUCCCACGACACCGAGGACAACCCCUGGAGCUGGAACACCUUUGUCAACAUGCUGUACAUUGACGAGCCCAACCAGGUUGGCUUCUCGUACGACACGCCCACCAACGUGACCAUGGAGCUCCUUGGAGGCAUGGAGUUGGACGUCAAGCCAUUGAACGUCUCGGAUGGCCAGGUGCCAGAGAGCAACUACACGCACCGCGUGGGCACCAUGUCCAGCCAGAAACAGAGCCACACGACCAACUCCACUGCCCAGGCGGCGCACGCGCUCUGGCACUUUGCGCAGACCUGGUUCGACGAGUUCCCUCACUACAAGCCGCAUGACGACCGCAUCAGCCUCUGGGCCGAGUCGUACGGUGGCCACUAUGGCCCUGGCUUCAUGCGCUUCUUCCGGGAGCAGAACGAGAAGAUCAAGAACGGCACCCUUGAGGAUGGGCGCUACAUGCACCUCGACACACUGGGUAUCGUGAAUGGCCUCCUGGACGCUGUUGUCCAAGGCCAGGCGUACAUUGAAUUCCCCUACAACAACACCUACGACAUGCAAGUGUUCUCUGAUGAUCUCUACAGCGAGCUCAUGCACAACUGGACCAAGCCAGACGGAUGCAAAGACCAGCUCCUCGCCUGCCAGGACCGCCUGCGCUCCUACGACCCCAUCACCGUCCACCGCGGCCUCGUCCCCGUCGCGGAGAUGUGCGACACGGCGACCCAAUGCUCCGAGGAGGCCAUUGUCCAGUACAACCAGCUCGGCCACUCCUGGUUCGACAUUGCCCAUCCCGCCGCCGACCCCUUCCCCGACCCCAUGAUCCACGGCUACCUCUCUCAGGCUCACGUCCUCGAGGCCCUCGGCACCCCCGUCAACUUCAGCUGGCUGGCCGUGCCGGUGAGCAGCGGCUUUGCCGCCUCGCACGACGAGAUCCACGGCGGGUUUCUCGACGCCGUCGGCUACCUCCUCGACUCGGGCGUCAAGGUGCACAUGAUGUACGGCGACCGCGACUACGCGUGCAACUGGAUCGGCGGCGAGGCCGCCUCUCUCGCCGUGCCCUAUUCGCGGCAGGCCGAGUUCAACGCCGCACCGUACGGCCUCUUCUGGACCCCGGACGGCUUCAGCGGCAUCACCCGCCAGUACGGCAACUUCUCUUUCACCCGCGUCUUCCAGGCCGGCCACAUGGUCCCGUCGUACCAACCUGUUGCCGCCUACGAGGUGUUUAUGCGGGCCAUGUUCAACAAGGACAUUGGCAGUGGCACCAUCCCCGUGCGCGAUGACCUGAUCAACGAUGGUGAGGGUUUCCAUCGGUGGAUUAAGAACGAGAGGCCCGGCUGGCCGGAGGAGAGGUGCUACGUCUUGCAGCCGUCGAGUUGCCAGCCCGAGACCUGGGAGAGGGUCACCAAGGGGAAGGCAAAGGUUGUUGACUACUUUGUGGUCGAGGACAAUGAUGAGUUGGACGAGCUGUGA